AUGCGAAACGCUUCAUGGUUUCGGUUGAAAGGUUACAUCCCGGCGGUCGUUCUCCUUUGCAGAGUGAAAGCAACGUCAGUGAGAGUGCGAGUGGGGAGUGUCGAUAAAACUGCCGGUUUAGUCUUCCCCGCCCAGAACUUCUUCGCCCAUGAAUUGUUCGACCGAGGUGAGACCAUGACCCAGUUGAGAUCUCCUUCCUCAUGUACCUUCACAGCCACUGGCUAUGACAUAGCCCUCGUCCAGUUGACUACGAGGCUGACUUUCGGUCCGACCAUUCAGUCGAUUUGCUACCCUACGAGCGACUCCAUGACGGCGUUCAAAGGCAACUCCGCAUGUAGUCAUACGGCCUACGGCUGGGGGGCCACCGACUCGGUCGCCAUGCAAUACCCCAGCAUCUUGCAAAAGCUGGGCUUCAAUUUGGUCGCGGAUUCGCCAAAUUGUAACAGCUUCACGAACGAGAGAGUCAUCUGUGCCCGGGGAAUCAGCCCUGGCAGCGACGCCUGCCGCGUAUGUCUCAUUCUUCAGCUUACCCAUUCCCGCUGCGUAAAGAAAUCUGGAAGCGACGAGUGCAAAGGGAUAAUUAUGGAAAAGCCUUCUAGUAGCAGUGAAUUCACCUCAUUCUCUCAUGAAACCCACUCCCUGGUACCUGAUCCAGGUUACAUCUCUCAAGCUGCCGAAACUCUUGCUUACGAGGCCACAAUGGAUAACCUGGUGAAAGGGACCAAUAUACUUGCAGCAAUCAUUGAAUUGAGGCGAAUCGCUGUGUAUACUCCAUCCAGUGACGACCCAGCCCUGCGGACAGUCAACGUCGACGGGAUCAGCAGGAGUCGCCUGGUGGAGCCGUCUUUGGACGAGGUUCUUGGGACCAGUCAUGGGAAUGCUGGUGAGGCAGGAUGGGCUGCUCGCUCCAUCAUCAGCGAUAUGUGGAUCGUCACUGCCGGGCAUUGCAUCUACGACGAUAACAUGAUGAAAGCAAGAGCAGUGAGAGUGCGAGUGGGGAGUGUCGAUAAAACAGCCGGAAGCGUCGUCCUCGCCCAGAACUUCUUCGCCCAUGCAUCGUUCGACCCAGGUGAGACCAUGACCCAGUUGAGAUCUCCUUCCUCCAGUACUGUCCAGACCCAUGGCUAUGACAUAGCCCUCGUCCAAUUGACUUCGAGGCUGACUUUCGGUCCGACAAUCCAGCCGAUUUGCUACCCCACGAGCGACUCCAUCACGGGAUUCAAAGGCAUCUCCUCAUGCAGUCAUACGGCCUACGGCUGGGGGGCCACCGACUCGGCCGCCACGCAAUACCCCAACAUCUUGCAAAAGCUGGGCUUCACUGUGGUCGCGAAUUCACCAUAUUGUGGCAACUUCACGGACGGGAGAGUCAUCUGUGCCCAGGGAAUCAGCCCUGGCAGUGACGCCUGCCGCCUCCGCCACGGUUCUCAUUUGGGUCGACGCUACCUGCCACGGCGAAUAUCUCCAUAUCAUCAUAUCACGAUGACCGUCAAAAUUUUAAAAGUGGACUUCGGACAAAAGGAGACACUGAAGCCACAGCGACAUGCAAGACGUCACGAUUUCGGAGUCGUCCUUGGGGUCGUCCUCUGGAGGUUUGCCAAACACGAACCCUACUUGGAUCGAGGUCAUUUGCAUCAUUUAGCUAUUAAGACCGCAAUGAAGGCGGGAUCUUUAGAGCCAUCGUCUGACGACGAAUAUUGGACCGAAGUGACACCGACAAACACUUGUGAUGGAACGGGACCGGUGAGACGGGACGGGACGGGACCGGUGAGACGGGACGGGACGGGACCGGUGAGACGGGACGGGACGGGACCGGUGAGACGGGACCAGAGUCGUGUCCAGGUGGUCUCCCGGACUUUCCCCCACGUUUACGCCAUGCCUUACAAGGAUGCAAGGGAUGGAUGA